AAGUAUCUUUAUGCCAUGCGGCUCUCGGAUGACGUCCUCCACGAGGUCACAAAUCGAUUUAAGAAAGCAAUGACAAAUGGUCUUUCUAGAAAUUAUAAUGUAACUGCUUCUGUGAAGAUGCUACCAACAUUUGUGAGAUCCAUUCCUGAUGGUACAGAAAAGGGAGAUUUCAUUGCUCUGGAUCUUGGGGGGUCUUCCUUUCGAAUUCUACGAGUGCAAGUGUCUCAUGAUAAAAAUCAGCAAGUUGAGAUGGAUUCAGAGGUUUAUGAAACCCCAGACCGUAUAAUGCGUGGCAAUGGAUCUGAGCUUUUUGAUCAUGUUGCUGAAUGCCUUGGUAACUUCAUGGAGAAAAAGAACAUAAAAGAUAAGAACUUACCCAUUGGAUUUACCUUCUCCUUCCCCUGUCGACAGACAAAAAUCAAUGAGGCUAUUCUGAUCACCUGGACCAAGCGCUUUAAGGUCAGCGGAGUGGAGGGUUCUGACGUGGUCCAGCUGCUCAACAAAGCAAUCAAGAAACGAGGGGACUAUGAAGCCAACAUCAUGGCUGUCGUGAACGACACUGUGGGGACGAUGAUGACCUGUGCCUUCGAUGACCCGGAGUGUGAAGUGGGCCUGAUCGUUGGUACCGGCACCAACGCCUGCUACAUGGAAGAACUGAGGCACAUCGACAUGGUUGAAGGGGAUGAAGGGCGUAUGUGCAUCAACACGGAAUGGGGGUCCUUUGGGGAUGACGGCUGCAUCAAUGAAAUCCGCACAGAGUUUGACAAAGAGAUUGAUCGGGGAUCUAUCAAUCCUGGGAAACAGCUGUUUGAGAAGAUGGUCAGUGGCAUGUACAUGGGGGAGCUCGUCAGACUGAUUAUUGUAAAGAUGGCGAAGGGGGGCCUCCUGUUUGAAGGGCGGCUUACACCAGAGCUGCUCACCAAAGGGAAAUUUGAGACCAAGAAUGUAUCAGCCAUUGAGAAAACUAAGGAAGGUCUCGACAGAGCCAAAGAUAUCUUGACCAACCUUGGCUUGGAGCCGUCCCCCGAAGAUUGUGUCUCUGUCCAGCAUGUGUGUGCCAUUGUCUCACAUCGAUCGGCCAACCUGGUGGCUGCCAUGUUGGCUGGCAUCUUGUUCCGCCUGAAAGAAAACAAGAAUUUGCCUCGGCUGCGGACCACAGUUGGGGUGGAUGGAACGCUGUACAAGUUUCAUCCGCAGUAUUCCCGCCGAUUACAGAAGACCCUGCGGCGCUUGUUCCCCGACUCUGAUGUGCGCUUCAUCCUCUCCGAGAGUGGGAGCGGGAAGGGGGCUGCCAUGGUGACCGCCGUGGCCUACCGGCUGGCCGAACAACAGAAGCAGAUGGCCGAGAUGCUGGCCCCCUUGAAGCUGACCUCCCAGCAGCUCAUGCAGGUGAAGAACAGGCUGCGAGUGGAGAUGGACCUGGGGCUAAAGAAGAGCAGCCACGAUUCUGCCAAGGUGAAGAUGUUUCCAACCUACGUGACUGGCACCCUGGACGGGUCUGAGUUCGGAGACUUCUUAGCCCUGGACCUCGGGGGCACCAACUUCCGGGUCCUGAUGGUGAAGAUCCGAAGUGGGAAAAAGAAAAGUGUUGAAAUGCAUAACAAAAUCUAUGCCAUCCCUGAGUCAGUGAUGCAGGGCACCGGGGAGGAGCUGUUCGACCACAUUGUGUCCUGUAUCUCUGACUUUCUGGAUUAUAUGGGGAUGAAAACUGUCCGGUUGCCCCUUGGCUUCACCUUCUCCUUUCCUUGCCACCAGACGAGUUUGGAUGGGGGCACCUUGGUCACGUGGACGAAGGGCUUCAAUGCAUCCAACUGUAUAGGAAAAGAUGUGCCCACCUUGCUAAGAGACGCAAUUAAAAGGAGAGGGGAAUUUGACCUGGAUGUUGUGGCUUUGGUCAAUGAUACCGUGGGCACCAUGAUGACCUGUGCUUAUGAAGAGCGGACUUGUGAAGUUGGACUCAUUGUAGGGACAGGAAGCAAUGCCUGCUACAUGGAAGAGAUGAAGAAUAUUGAGCUGGUGGACGGGAAUGAGGGACGCAUGUGCGUCAACAUGGAGUGGGGUGCUUUUGGGGACAACGGAUGCCUAGAAGACCUUAGGACGGAGUAUGACAGAAUCGUGGAUGAUUUUUCCCUCAAUGCUGGCAAACAGAGGUAUGAGAAGAUGAUUAGCGGGAUGUACUUGGGAGAAAUCGUCCGAAACAUUUUAAUUGACUUCACUAAGAACGGUUUCCUGUUCCGAGGCCACAUUUCGGAGGCUUUGAAAACCCGGGGAAUCUUUAAGACCAAGUUCCUAUCCCAGAUUGAAAGUGAUAGGUUGGCCCUGCUCCAGGUCCGAUCGAUUCUGCAGGAGCUGGGUCUAAACAGCACCUGUGACGACAGUAUCCUUGUCAAGAUGGUCUGUGGGGUCGUGUCCAAGAGGGCUGCCCAGCUCUGCGGGGCUGGGGUGGCAGCUGUUGUGGACAAGAUCAGGGAAAACAGGAAUCUGGACGUUCUGAAAGUGACUGUAGGAGUUGACGGGACGCUCUAUAAACUCCAUCCUCAUUUCUCCAGGAUCAUGAAUCAGACAGUGCAGGAGCUGGCCCCCAAAUGUAACGUCAAAUUCCUCCUCUCAGAAGACGGCAGUGGGAAGGGAGCGGCACUCAUCUGUGCCGUCGGGGUGAGGCUCCGAGAGGGCAAAGGCAAGGCCAGCUAAGAAGCCCAGAAGCCCGACAGACGCCAGCUCCUCUGUACCCUUGGAGCUCUUCUCUCUCUCUCUCUCUCUUUCUCUC